AUGAAGGCAGCUGUGAAGCAUCUCACCCCGGUUUCUCUGGAGCUUGGGGGAAAAUCUCUUAUUGUCAUAGACUCAGAUACCAAUUUGGAUGUCAAGAAAUACUCUCCUUUUCCUAGUGGCAUUACAAUUACUGUCAGGCGUAUAAUAUCAGGCAAAUGGGGCUGCAACAAUGGACAGGUGUGCAUUUCUCCAGACUAUAUCCUGACGACAAAAGAAUAUGCUCCAAAAGUGAUUGAUGCCCUGAAGCAAGAAUUGGAGGCAUUUUAUGGGAACAAAUCUAGGGAGUCCAAAGAUAUGUCACGUAUUGUAAAUUUGAAUCAGUUUGAUCGCCUGUCUAAGAUGUUAGAGGAGAAGGAAGUUUCUGAUAAAAUCAUCUAUGGAGGUCAAAAGAACAGAGAUAACCUGAAUAUUUCUCCAACAAUCUUGCUUGACGUGCCAUUAGAUUCUUUGAUCAUGAGUGAAGAAAUAUUUGGCCCUCUCCUGCCAAUCCUCAUGGUAGGAACCACUUGCCAUUCAAUACAGACUGAUUCAUCAAUUUGGAUUUCAUGUGUGACAUAUGAAGAUGUAUGGUCAAGACGGAGCUUUAGUAGUUCAUAAAGUGCGACAUGAACUACGACAUCAGACGAGGAUACAAGGACUGCACGAGUCGGUGAAAGAGCAUUAAAGGAAGAUUUACUAAGAAGUCAGUAAAAAGGAAGUAUUGAAGAAGAAACAAUCCAUCUUAGAGAUUAGGAAGGAUGGCUUAAUAUGGAAAGUUUCCAUUGGGUAGAUCAUUAGGUCUAGGGUUUUCCUCUAAAAGUAUAAAGAGGUGUCUUGGCACUGUGUUGCCGGUUUAACACACAAAGAGAGCUUUUAGCAAUAGUAAGAUUUGCAAGUCUGAAUAAAGAGAAGCAAAGCGUCUAGGGGCUAAGAGCUUGAGAGGUUCAUAGACUGCUACAAGUUUGUGAAUGAGUGAGACUAGUCAACAAGUCAAUGUUUAUCUUAAGUUUGC